AUGCAUGUGGCAGUGGUAGCAGUUAACGUGAUAUUGCUCCUAAGCAUGGGGUGGACGUCAGACUCUCUCUGCUCACCCACAGUUUUUUACAGAGACUGCUGGAUCCGUCGCUUCCCAGGUCUUCUAAUCGAUCUGGAGGAGUCUCAGAAGCUGGGAGCCCAGUUCUUGAAGUAUUAUUCUGAAAGCACUGGCCAGAAGUGCAGUAGGAGCUGCUGUCUUCGGAAGGAUGUUUCCUGUAACCUGGCUGUCUUCUACCACGAUCCUAUUCAUGACAAUAUCAACUGCCUCCAUGUUCACUGCCCAACACUGGAGAGCUGCAUAUUAGAGCCUGGAACCAGUGCCAUUUUGUACAACAUAACAGAUGGUAUAGAUCCAGAUUUGCUGGUUUUCGAACAAUCUUCCACAUAUCUCAAUACUCGUUCUUCAUCCAAGAGAUGGGACAGACUAAGGAUUCUAAAAGCUAUGAAUUUAGAUAAACAAACCACCAUGAUAAAUGGUAUGCUGCCAUCCACAGAGGCUCCAUCCUCAACCACACAUCAAGAUUUAGUUGUAAACACAAACAGUACCAGUUAUUCUAAGGAAUUAACCACAGAUUUUUGGGCAAGAUUUACUUCCCUGAAUGACUCCAUUACCGCAAAGAUAAAUAUGGUGUCACCAAAUACUGAUUUCAUCAGCAAUCCAGAUAAUAAGACUAUUUCUCCUUUCUUUGUACCCAUAGACACAAAACUUUCUCAUAUGCCUAUUCCACCCCUACUCAACAGUAGCAAACAAUUCCUGAAUAAAACCAAAGGAUACAAUAGCAGAAACCACACAUCUGCGAAUGAAGAUGAGGUAUCUGUGACUUCAAAGGCUUGGCCGGUUUCUGUGGCCCUUUGCACCUCUGUCAUCUUCCUUGGCUAUUGUAUAGUCAUCCUGGCAUCUGGAUGCUGUGGAAAGCAGCAGGGCCACUAUAAACUGAGACGGAGAAAAUCAGGAUCCUAGCAAAUUAAAAAUCGUAACCAUGUGAAGGAGAACUCGUCAUAGUAAAAGCUGUAGCAAGAUUAUAUGCUUUAAAGGAUAUCAUUUUUAGUUUUGUGUAAGAAAGGGCAG